UUCUGUGCAGCAAGGGGGCUAGAGUAGGUGCUGGCAGUGAAAGCCGGGGGAGCAUGAGGCUUAUGGCGCUGCCUGGCCUCCCAGAGCUGGGGUCGUGAGUGGGGAAAAGGACUCUGGGCAGCUCCUGGGCUCCUGGGACCGUGCCAUCGGAGCCCCUGGCUGGUCCCCGCUUCCCUAGCUCCCGCCGACUUGAGCCUUGGAGCAAUGCUAUGGAGAAACUGGCAGCCGGGCUAGCUGGUCUCCACUGGAGCAUGGGGGCUUUUCCCUUGGACCUCAUCGUCAGCCGCUGUCGUCUGCCCACCCUUGCCUGCCUAGGGCCAGGGGAGUAUGUAGAGGGGGUGAGCCAACAGGAUGUUCUGCUCAUCCACUCCUGCCGCCAGUGGACAACUGUGACGGCCCACAGCCUGGAGGAAGGGCACUAUGUCAUCGGGCCCAAGAUCGAUAUCCCGCUGCAGUAUCCAGGGAAAUUCAAGCUUCUGGAGCAGGCGCGAGAUGUUCGGGAGCCAGUGCAGUAUUUCAGCAGCAUCGAGGAGGUGGCCAGCGUCUUUCCUGACCGCAUCUUUGUAAUGGAGGCCAUCACCUUCAGCGUCAAGGUGGUGUCCGGGGAGUUCAGUGAGGACAGUGAAAUCUACAACUUCACCCUGCAUGCCGGGGAUGAGCUCACCCUCAUGGGCCAGGCUGAGAUCCUUUGCGGGAAGACCCCCAAGGAACGUUCCCGCUUCACCACUAUCCUCCGCAAACUGGGCCGGGCGGGGUCCCUGGCGGGGUCCCUGGCAGGGGUGGGGAGCGUCAGCGGAGGCUUGGGCGCCGGGGGGGCGGCGGGCACCAUCAAGCCCGUUAAGGGCAAGAUGCCCUGCCUCAUCUGUAUGAACCACCGCACCAAUGAGAGCCUGAGCCUGCCUUUUCAGUGCCGCGGCCGGUUCAGCACCCGCAGUCCGCUGGAGCUGCAGAUGCAGGAGGGAGAGCACACCGUGCGGGCCAUCAUCGAGCGGGUCCGGCUGCCCGUCAACGUGCUCGUGCCCAGCCGGCCCCCCUGCAACCCUUACGACCUGCACCCUGUGCGGGAGGGCCACUGCUACAAGCUGGUCAGCAUCAUCUCCAAGACCGUGGUGCUGGGGUUGGCCCUGCGCAGGGAGGGCCCGACCCCUCUGCACUUCCUGCUGCUCACUGACAUGCCCCGCUUCACGCUGCCCCAGGGGCUGCUGGUCGGCGACCCCCAGGUGGAGCAGCUGGUCAGGGACAGCGCUUCCUACUGCCACGAGCGCUUCGACCCUGACGAGUACUCCAAAGCGGUGCGAGAAGCCCCCGGAGACCUGGCGGAGGAAUGUGCCAGUCCCCGGAGGGCAAGACUCUGUCUGCAGGGCCCCCGGCCCGAGGCGCUGCCCCAGCUCUCGCUCUGCCUUUACCCCCCGGCGGGGGACGGGGAGCAGGAGUACAUGAGUCCAGACUGGGCCGGCCUCUCGGACCCUGCUCCUCCGGCGGAGAUCCCCUAUGAAGAGCUGUGGACUCACCCAGCAACGGAAAGCUUCGCAGAGGGUGGGGGCAGGGGCAGAGGCAGGCAACCCCCCGCGGGGCUCAGACAGCCCGACCUCAUCUCUUUUGCUGGGACUGCACAUCCGGAGAUGGAGGUUCCCCCACCCCCAGUCCCUCCCAAAUCAGAGGCGGUCAAGGAAGAAUGUCGCCUGCUCAACGCUCCACCGGUCCCACCAAGGGGUGGCCGGCCCCCAGGCAGUCCUCCUAUCCCACCCCGCUUUCCCAAACUUCAGCCUGUCCACUCUCCCAGCCCGGGUCUCUCCUAUUACUCUUCAGGCCUCCACGAUGGAUCUGGCUCUCGGAGUGGCAGCUGCUCCCCGUCCCCAGAUUCAUACUCUCUGUACUGUUACCCCUGCACCUGGGGUGACUGCAAGGUGGGUGACUGCUCCAGUCGCCCACUUCCCGGCCCUCCAUCUACAACGCAGCCCAGCCAGGCCUCCUGGGCCUAUCCUGAGCCUGGAAACAGUCGAUCCACACCGCUCCUUGGGGGUGAAGCUCCCACCAAGACGUACCACAGCUGUCCCCCUCCACCUAAGCCUCUACACCCUCAGAAACGCUUUGCUCCAUUUGGGGCGCUCAAUCCAUUUGCUGGUCCCUCUUAUUCCUCAGGUCCUGCUUCCUCCUCCUCCUCCUCCUCGUCCUCGGGCCCCACUUCCACCCCCCGCCCCACUUCAUCCUCCAGCCCUACCUAUUCUCCAGGCCCUGCCUCCUCCAGUCAGACCUACUCCUCCGGCUCCCCGUCCUGCCCCACCUCCUCCUCCUCUUCCUCUGAAUGGCAGGAAACAGCCCUGGAACCCUUUGACCCCUUUGAAGUGAGGCAGGGCAGUUCCCCAGAGCCAGAACUGCUCCGGUAUCAGGAGCCCAGAUUGGGCAGGCCUGGGCCCUUGUCACCCCCAGGCCCCACGAAGGCCUUGGAUCCGGAUGGCUUGAUGCUCCGGCGCAUGCCCACCCCAUUGUCCCCUCCCGUCUUACAGGGGCCGGAGGGAGCUGGUGCUCGGCUCUACCUGACCCCGGGGCGCCUGGAUGUGCCCCCGCGGGAGGGGGCCGUGGGUCGGGCCGGCUGGGACAGCGCCCCGUGGCAGCCCCCGGCCGAUCUCUCGGCCCUCUCCUUGGAGGAGGUGUCUCGGAGUCUGCGCUUCAUCGGCCUCUCGGAGGACGUGGUGAGCUUCUUCUCCCGGGAGCGCAUAGAUGGCAGCAUCUUUGUACAGCUCAGUGAGGACAUCUUGGCAGAUGACUUCCACCUCACCAAGCUGCAGGUCAAAAAGAUCAUGCAGUUCAUCAAGGGCUGGAGGCCCAAGAUCUGAGCAGCCUGCCUGUGGCCAGACGGCAGGAAUGUUCUCGGGCCUCUUAGGGGCAUGAAAGGAGUUCUCCAUGAAGUUGCUGCAGGUACUGGAUCUGGGGGGUCCAGAUUCAGAUAAGGCAGCAGUGUGCUGCCAAGAUCUAGUGCCCCCAGGGCUCAACACUCAACCUCGGAGCUGGCUGGGGAGCCCUCCUAGUCUCCUGGGUUCUACGCUGGGACUUUGCACGGAGAGCAGGACCUUUGGCACAAUUUCUUUCCUUUAGAGACUUCACACGGAGAAGCUACAAAUGGUAUUAACACAAAUGCACAGACUGGCAUGACUCUGCCCUUUCCUCAGAACCCAACACUGCCCAAUAGAGUGAUGGAACAGGCUUUCAGAUCCUUUCCCAACUGGGGGUGGGGGAGGAACCUUUUCCAUUCUCCAAACUUCUCAGGGGUCCUCAAAUUACGGCUCACAGGCCAGAUCCAGCAGCUGAGGACGUUUAUCCCCCCCACCCAGGACUAUGAAGUUUAUUUAAAGGCCCACAAAACAAAGUUUUUGUUUUUACUAUAGUCCGGCCCUCCAACAGUCUGAGGGACAGUGAACUGGCCCCCUAUUUAAAAAGCUUGAGGACCCCUGUAUCUAGAUCAAAGUAAGAACAUGGACACAAAGAGAGGUGAGUGUCUUGCACUCAAGUACCAGGCUUCCCAAGGCAGCUCUUGGUACUCAGCCUGAGGACCAAGUUAUUCCUAAAUGCCCCCAUUUUUCCUGCCUUUCUUCCUUUUCCUCCUCCACUCUUAACUCAAUAAGAGCACUUUGCCCUUGUGCACUGUUCACACCCGUGCCCCUUCUGGAGUCACCUGAUCUGGUCAACAGUAAUUACUGAGCACAAUCAUAGUUUUGUUGACAUACAGGACAUCUAGUUCUGAAGCUCAGAGCAGCCUUGGCCAGGGUUCCUGUACUCUGGUUGUUUGGAAUAUAAUUGGGAAGACAAGACUUAAGAGCGCUGCCUAAUGGCUCCAAAGCCAGGCUAGCCUAGGACUCAGUCACCUGGUCAGGCUGAAUGAAGUGACCUCUACAAUCCCUUUCAACACUUCAUAUUUAAGCCCGGAUUUCUUUCAAUGACUACCACUCCUGCCUUCUCUUCAUAGCCAGAUUUUAUUUAUUAUGGCUUUUUUUUUUCUCAGCCAGGAAGUCAUUACUAUAGGUAUUUCUGAGAUUUUCUAUUGCUUUUAGCAAUCUCCUAAACAAAUACCUUAUUCUGUGUCAUUUAGGACAAAGGGAGCAGAAGGAACUUAUGAAGCCAUAGAAACUCAGGAAAAAUUAUCCAGUACCUUGACUUCAGGGUUCAUAGACCUCUUGGUACAGAAGGGAAAGAUACUGAAAUUGAAACCAUCCUGUUUUUACUACCUUUUACCUGUUUGGCCUUAAGUAACAACUUCUCUGGGCCUUAAAUUACUCUUUAUAGAAUAAGGAGACUAGAUAAAGGGCCCUUUCAGCUCUAGAUCUGUCUUCCCUACAUGGUUUUGGAGUGUAUUAACAUGGAGGUGGCUCCUCAUUCCUAGAAAUCUCAGUGUAGUCAUCUAUAAUACAAAACAGAGGAAGGUUGUUCUGGAUUCCUGUAUGCACUGCUUUCAGCCAGCCCCAACAUCCCCCCAAGGAAUCAUUUCUCUCAUGUUUUGGGUCAUAUGCCAAGUCCCCAUGGAGACCAGCUCAUUAUCUUACCUCAAAGGGCUGCCUGGAUAUUUCUUCAUAUUCUAAUGGUUUUGGGUGCUGUUCCUGCUACUAAUGCCAGGUAGGAAAGGAGCCCCAUAAGUGACAGAAAAAAUGCUAUAGUUGGGAAGAGUUGGCUCUUGUAAGGAAUUCAAAUAGAUCAAUUAAAUAAAUACUACAGAUCCUGCAGAAGGGUGCAAGCUGAGCUAUGUAUGUGUGCUAGGCCUAAAGGUUAAAUUUUUCAUUCUGUUCUGUUGAGGGAAAACAUGAGGUAGUGUGUAAUGUGCUCCUUUGUUUGUACCUAAGGCAAGGGCCCAGCCAUGUGGAAGCCCAGGAUCCACUGUACACUUAUGUAAGAUCUUCCUCAUUUUUGUACCUGCCCCACUGAGACAAAGGCUUAGGUAGAUCUUGAUGCUAUUAAGUACCAGAGCUCCACUUCCUAGCCCAGGAUGUCAAAGCCUAUGAGUGUGUGCCCACUGGUUCCAAAUGAGCAAGAAGGCACUUGUCCACUUUGGCUUUUUCAUUUCUGAGUUAGGGUAGGAGCUUUCACGGGGCCCGUGAUAGAGCCUUCACCCUCAUGCCCAAGAGGUAUGGGUGGCCAGUUCUUUUCUGCCAUCUGCUGGCAGUCUUAAGAAUCAUAAUUCUGGAAUUCUAGCAUUUGGGACCUUAACUCUCAGCAGCUGUGACUAGAUUUUAAUAUAUAGUCAGUAUUAAAUCCAUUCUACAGCUUAAGCAGAUCCACAAAGGAUAUCUCAGAUAAGACCAUGAACCAGCACAGGAUUGUUUAGCAAAGCCUAAAACAGGUCAAAAAACCUUAGCUCCAUGGAAUAAAGCCAGAUCUGGAUUCAAAGGUUAUAUAAAAGCUUGGGCAAUUUAACUUUUCUGGGUCUCAGUUUCUUCAUGCAUAGGAUGAAGGAGCUGGAGUAGAUUUUUCAGGUCCCUCCUAGCUCUAACUCUAUGAUCCUCUAACCUUAGAAUCUGGAACAGGUUCCCACUGGCAUGAAAUCCAAGUUCAUUGGGAUUCCCUAUAUACACAAGGCCCCAAAGCACAGUUAGUUCCUUCAGUGUUUACAUGGAAGGUCAGACUUAACUGGGGCUGGAGCUUCCUCCACAGCCUCGCCUCUACAAUCUGAAUGGCCGCCUCAGGGAGGUUUUGAUGGGCAAUUUGGUGGUUGGCUUCUCCACACUCUGCCAGGAUGCUGCUGAGAUGACAGCGGGCCUGUCUCCAGGCCUGCACCCAAAGCCUUCCUCACUAGUGCCUGCCCUCCACCAGGAUUUAUUUCAAGGAGGCAGAGGGUUAGAGAAAUUAAGUGGUAUGAAGUAAUCAAGUGUAAUGGAGUAAUCCAGUGAAUGGAGGAGAUGGGAGACGAGCUUCAUUCUCUGUCUUUCUCUCAUUCUGUCACCUCCUUUUCUCUAGAGCAGCAAUGAUCAAAGCUGCAGCAGGGAGCAGGGAGUCCCGUUGAGUACCAGGGACUUAGCUGGGGAAGCUUGAGGUGCAAAGAACAUUCAAUGACAGACUCAAAUUUACACAUCCUUGGGCUCAUUAAAAGAUAAGAUCCAUGAAGUCCCAUUUUCUAUCUGCAUGAGCUUUUCCUCAAGGUACUGAUGGAAGAUCUGAGGGGUAUUCUGGAU